AUGAUUCCUUCUGUAAGGAUAUAUUUAAAAACUUAUCAAAAUAUAACUUUUUUAAGCACCCUGUAUUUUUUCCUGUUGGACAAUAAACAAUUUUUUAUUAUUAUUAUUAUUAUUGUGUUAGAUCAUUUGUUAAUGAAAUUACCAUUAGCAUAUGAAACUUUAGCUGCCAAUUUGAAAUCUUCACUUCCAUCAAUUUCAACAAUUCAAAAGUAUAUACAAAAAUUUCCAUUGUUUAUUGAGUCAGAUAUGCCUAUGAAAGAGUUAAGAGAAUAUCUCCAAAAUUAUAAUUUGCCAUUAUAUGUUUGGAUUAGCAAAGAUGGAACCAGAAUUACAAAGUUCAAUACAAUAAAGAAAAUUACAGCAUAG